AAUAUGGCACAAAAUAAUAGUAUCCUAUGCCCUCUCUCUCCCUUUCCUUUUCAAGCUUUUUCAGUUACUUCAAUACAAUCCAAAUCCACCCCAUUCUUUAAUAUUAUAUCAAUAUUCUGACCUCACCCUUCUCUCCGUCUCCUAUAAAUACACACCAACACCCUUUACCUCUUUUUUGUUUACGUUUGUACUUAUCGAGAGUAUUUUUGAUCCAAACUAGAAUCCCCCCCUUUAUUUUUUGAGCUGAUUUAUGGUAAAACAAAGACUUCAGGCUAAAAUUUUGGGUAUUUUUUGUUUGGUUUUUGUUUUCGUUCUUGUUUGGUGGUUGAACAAGGAUAAAUAAUGGCUAUACAAGCGCAGUUGUAUUCUGAUAAUAUUGGGUUCCCAAUUUGCGGUUCUUUGGAUUUGAUCGAUAAUGGUUGUGGACUUGUUGGUGCUGCUGCUGGUUUCAAUCAACAGAUAUCAUCACAGCUUCAACAACUGCAACAGUUUCAACACCUUCAAAACCAGCACCAAAGGGACCAAACCUUUUCCUUUGGUAGCACUAACAACAAUCGUGAAUCAAUCAUGUUUGAGAAGCAAAGAUACGAGAUUGAUCAGUUUAUCAAAUCACAGAAUGAGAGGCUGAGGUUGUUACUGCAAGAGCAAAGGAAACAACAGUAUGAAGUAUUGGUGAAGAAGAUAGAAUCAAAGGCCUCUUUUUUGCUUAGACAAAAAGAUGAAGAGAUUGUUAAAGCGAGGAACAAAACAAUGGAACUUCAGAAUAUGUUGAAGAAAUUGGAGAUGGAGAAUCAAGCAUGGCAAAGGGUGGCGCAAGAGAAUGAAGCCAUGGUUGUGUCUUUAAACAACAGGCUUGAACAAGUACGGGAGGAACAAGCUUCUUGUCGUUUUAACAAUGGUGUCGAUGACGCAGAGUCUUGCUGUGAAUGCGAAGACAACAACGAAGGGAUUAUGGAAACAAAGGGAAACGGAAGUUUCGCAGCGGUUGAUAGCAGCAAUCAAAGACAAGAAGAACAAGAAGAAAAAACGACAAUGGUUUGCAAAUGUUGUUAUUGUCGAAAUUCGUCAGUGUUGUUCCUUCCUUGCCGACACCUUUGUUCGUGUAAGGAUUGUGCAACUUUUCUUGAUUCUUGUCCCGUUUGUAGAACACCAAAGAAAGCUUGCAUUGAAGCCUUGAUUUCUUAGGUCACGGUAAAAAAAAAUUUGCAGGAAAGCAUGAUGAUGACGGUGGAUGAACAUAAGUAAAUCCAUAUGGAGUUUAGACAUUAUUAGUGUUUCCCCUUUUCUCUCCAGUUUUUUUUUUUUUUUUGCCUUUUUAGGUACUAUGGGCAAGGAUAUUAGACUGAACAUGUACUUAAACACGCAAAAAAAAAAAAAAAAAAAAAGAAAAAGAAUUGAACAGAUAUCUAGAGCAAUAGGACAGUUUUUUUUUUUUUUUUUUUAAAUUUCAGUUCUUGAAAUUAUUGCCUUUGCCUGACCCAUUGUAUAGGUAGCAGUGGUAGCAAUAAUUAAUAUAAUGACAGACUGAUCCUAUCUGAUGUUGGCAAUUAUUUUUGGGUUUGGGCAGUGACUGGAGAGAAGGAUGGAAUGAUAUGUCAGAUUACAUGCUAA